GUGGCUACAAGUUCAUCUUUACAAACGUGCAGUAUGUGCCGAUGAAGCGUUAGAAAUGAGUUGUUUCGAAGGUCGUAUGAAGGAGUACCCGACGAUAUCAAUAGAUCGCUAUGACAAAGAAAAUGUUAAUGCCAGAGCUUAUUUUUUAUCCCAUUGUCAUAAAGAUCAUAUGAAGGGAUUGAGAGCGCCAGCUCUGAAACGCCGACUGAAAUGCAGUCUGACAGUUCGUCUCUAUUGUUCCCCGGUGACAAAGGAGUUACUCCUGACAAAUCCAAGAUAUAGGUUCUGGGAAAACCAUAUUGUUGCAAUUGAAGUGGAAACACCAACGCAGAUUUCAUUAAUUGAUGAAGCAACUGGCGAGAAGGAAGACAUUGUUGUAACUUUGCUCCCAGCUGGCCACUGUCCUGGGUCAGUCAUGUUUCUGUUUGAAGGAAGUAAUGGGACAGUUCUUUACACUGGAGAUUUUAGAUUAGCAAAAGGAGAAGUAACUCGCAUGGAACUUUUGCAUUCUGGAAGCAGAAUUAAAUAUAUUAAGAGUAUUUACUUAGACACAACUUUCUUUGAUCCAAGAUUUUAUCAAAUUCCAGAUCGGGAAGAAUGUUUAAAAGGGAUCAUAGAUUUGGUGAGAAGCUGGAUAACUCUUAGCUCAUAUCAUGUUGUGUGGCUCAACUGUAAAGCAGCAUAUGGAUAUGAGUACCUAUUCACAAAUCUCAGUGAAGAAUUUGGUAUACAGGUCCAUGUCCGAUAUUUGGACAUGUUCAGAAAUAUGCCUGACAUUCUCCAACAUCUCACUACAAACCGAGAAACUCAAAUACAUGCAUGCAGGCAUCCAAAGUACAUAUGUUUAUAUUUGCAGGAUGAUGAGUUCUUUAGGGGAAACAGACUACCUUGUGGUAUUAUAGCCAAAGACGGAACACCAUUAAAGAUUAUCAGCAUUAAGCCCUCCACAAUGUGGUUUGGUGAGAGAACCAAAAAAACCAACGUUAUAGUGAGAACAGGAGCAAGUUCAUACCGAGCAUGUUUUUCCUUUCAUUCCUCAUACACAGAGGUUAGGGAUUUCUUGAUGCACAUCUCUCCUGCUCAUGCUUAUCCUAAUGUUAUCCCCAUGGGCAAAACAACAGAAGACAUCAUUGAGAUCUUGCAGCCUUUUUGUAGGUCCAAUUCCAGAACAGAAGAAAGUAUAUAUAAACCUUUGGGACCGCUAAAAAGAGCAAAAAUGAUGUCAUACACAACAACAGAUUCUGAUAGUGAGGAAGGUCUCUUUGAGGAGACACUGACAAUUCCCUGGAGGCGCAAGAUUCCAAAUGAAAAGAGUAAUUUACCACUAUGUGCAGAAACUACAUCAGAUAAUUUACCAAAAUCUCAGAUAAGCUUCUGUGAAGACACUGCUGCUGAUUACUCCAUGGCAGCUAGUUUAUCGACAUUAAAAAAUUUCUGCAUAGAUUGUGAAGAGUCCAAUGAUGAUGAUGAUGAGGAAGAGGAAGAGGAUGAGGAUACAGUUGAAUGCAGUGCUGAUCAGACAGUUAAUGGUGGUAAACCUUGUGUUAGCCAUAGCCACAGUGUUGACUCCAGUCUGAAAAAAUUGGAAACAUGUUGUAAUGAGGCCACAGAAGAAAUAACCAGUCAGCAAAAUCAGGCUGAGAAGCUUAAAUCAGACUUGGAUAUUUCAAAAUCAGAACUGCCAAUGUGGGAAUCUUUUUUCAAACCAGAUCCGUUAACAGACUCAGAACAAGAAGACAGUCAAAAGCAAUGUGUGGAUCUGACAGGGUCUCAGUCUCCAAAUUUGUUUAGUGAUACAGACAAUGAGGAAUGUAUUUAUAUUUCUUCUCAGAAUUCUUCACAGUCUACUCAUAUUUCAGAGCAAGGAAGUGAAUGCUGGGGCAGUCAACCGGAUACCGUGUUAAUAUCAUCCCAGGAAAGGAAGGAACAUUCAGUUUCUGCUGGGCAGUGCAACGUAAAAUUUUGUGAUUUCCUGAAACCACAAGAAAUAGUCUUGAAUAAUUUUGGAAAAACUAAUUUGGAGGGUAGGGAACAGAUGAUAUCAUUCAAAUCAACACAGUGUUUGCUAAUUGAAGAUUUAGCAACAUCAUCUAAGAUUGCAGCUGAAAACACAGUGCCUGUUCAGCAGUCCACUUGUGACUCCCAGGACUCAUCUGAUUUUGAAAUUCCAUCAACGCCUGACUCUGAGGUGCCACAGGAAGAACAACUAAAAGAUCUGUACAAAAGGCUGGCUGCAGGAGAGAUGGUCAUAGCUAAAAAGUCUAUAUGAAAGCCAUAACUCUGUUUAGAAUUCAAUAGUAUUUUUUGUAUAUCUGAAGAAUAAUGAAGUAAUUGAAUUGUGUUGCUCCUAAUUAAGCCGACAUAUUUGGGACAAAAUUCUAAACUUUUUUAAAUAUACUUAUUAAUCUGGAAUUUGCAUAUAUUUUUUAAUCUAUUUUUUUU